AUGGAUGCGUGUGGCUGGAAAGAAAUGGAGGUUGCCCUGGUCAAUUUUGAUAACUCAGAUGAAAUCCAGGAAGAGCCAGGCUAUGCCACAGACUUUGACCUAACCAUCCCGAAAGGCCAGACUGGGAGCAGCUCCUUCUCCAACUGGAAUAUCUUCAACAACGACAGCACCAACCAUGAGACGGCCUUCUCCAAGCUCCCAGGAGACUACAUCGAUCCCCCAGGGCCUGAGGCAGCGGUCUUGAAUGAAGGAAACCAGCGGGUGAUCAUCAACAUUGCUGGGCUAAGGUUCGAGACCCAGCUCAGAACACUCAAUCAGUUCCCAGAGACCCUCCUGGGAGACUGGGAGAAAAGGAUGCAGUUCUUUGACUCCAUGAGAAAUGAGUAUUUCUUUGACAGGAACCGGCCCAGUUUUGAUGGAAUCCUAUAUUAUUACCAGUCUGGUGGGAAAAUCCGGCGCCCGGCCAGUGUCCCUAUCGACGUCUUUGCUGAUGAGAUCUCCUUCUAUGAACUGGGCAGUGAGGCCAUGGACCAGUUCCGAGAGGAUGAAGGCUUCAUCAAAGAUCCUGAAACAUUGCUCCCCACCAACGACAUCCACCGGCAGUUCUGGCUCCUCUUCGAGUACCCUGAGAGCUCCAGCGCCGCCCGUGGUGUGGCCAUGGUCUCUGUCUUGGUCGUGGUCAUCUCCAUCACCGUCUUCUGCCUUGAGACACUUCCCGAGUUCCAAGAAGACAGGGAACUGAAGGUGGUGAGAGACUCCAGCCUCAACAUGAGCAAGACCGUCCUCUCCCACACCAUGUUCACCGACCCCUUCUUCGUGGUGGAGUCCACCUGCAUCGUGUGGUUCACCUUCGAGCUGGUGCUCCGCUUUGUGGUCUGCCCCAGCAAGACCGACUUCUUCAGGAACAUCAUAAACAUCAUUGAUAUCAUCUCCAUCAUCCCCUACUUUGCAACCCUCAUCACGGAGCUGGUCCAGGAGACAGAGCCGAGCACCCAGCAGAACAUGUCCCUGGCCAUCCUGAGGGUCAUCCGCCUGGUGAGGGUCUUCCGCAUCUUCAAGCUCUCCCGCCACUCCAAGGGGCUGCAGAUCCUGGGGCAGACGCUGAAGGCUUCCAUGCGGGAGCUGGGGCUGCUCAUCUUUUUCCUUUUUAUUGGGGUCAUCCUUUUCUCCAGUGCAGUCUACUUUGCUGAGGUGGACGAGCCAGAGUCCCAUUUCUCUAGCAUUCCUGAUGGCUUCUGGUGGGCGGUGGUCACCAUGACAACUGUGGGCUAUGGGGACAUGUGCCCAACCACCCCAGGAGGGAAAAUUGUGGGUACUCUGUGUGCCAUUGCAGGGGUCCUCACCGUUGCCCUCCCUGUGCCUGUCAUUGUCUCCAACUUUAACUACUUUUACCACCGGGAGACUGAGAAUGAGGAGAAGCAGAACAUCCCAGGAAAAAUUGACAAACUCCUCAACAGUGUGGGCUCAAGAAUGGGCAGCACAGACUCUCUUAGUAAGACCAACAAUGGCUGCUCCUCAGAGAAGUCUAGGAAGUGA